AUGACAGCUCUCAACAAGAUGGGGGAGUUGGUUGAGAUGGUCCGUGCUCCACAAUCACGUGCCUUACAGACACCAUCCCCAUCUGAGACUAGCGCUGGACCCCAGCACACCACGGUUGUUGAUGGCGUUGCAUAUAGCUGUGAACCGGAUCAGAGCUUCCACGAAUUUGCUAUCGAUUCCUUGAGUGAUAGUGAUACUACUGUCACUGCUCAGAGUGCAUCCGCCACAAUCGAGGGUGACACUUCUCCCUCCCCUUCCAAGGCACCUUACACGCGUGGGCAUCGCCGUCGUUCCACGCACGUUACUCGCCGUGACCUUGAGAAGUUUCAUACGGAGGUCCUAGGUAUCGAACACCACGCCUCCUGGUUCGACGAGGAUAACGGCACUCCACGAUCCUUUGCCCCCAACGACCCCGCCCUUGAAGAACUGAACCGCGCCUUUGCCAACGCCGACGUUUCCAUGAACACUACUACCAACGGUAUGGCUAGUAACGGUAAUGGCACCGGCCCCGGGGCUUAUUACGAAAAUGCGUCUGGCGCCGUCAAUAUGGCCAACAUUCCUUCUCGCCAGACCCCGUCCCCCUCCCCCUCUCAAUCAUCGGCUACAACUCAGAUCAACGGAGGAAUGGGCGCAAUGGGCGCAGGUAUCCCGAUGAACGCUGGACACCAGAUGGACUUGCAUCAUCUGUAUGAGAUGGUGGUGGAGCUGAGUGACGUUUUGAAGAACAACCGUGACGUGACCAAGAACAUUGUCGCGAACGCGGAGGAGAUUGUGAGGAAUGGCAUCAGCGACAGCACCAGCUCUAAUGGCCAACAGAACGGCGACAACCCACACGCCCGAAUUGCUGAAUUGGAGCGCGCCCUGGCCAGAGAAAAGCGCCUGGUCGCCCACCAUAAACACCACCAAGAGGAGAACAUGAAGUUGGUCCAUGAGUUUGAGAAUGCCGUGGGCAUUAUGGUUGAACAGAUCCGCAACUACUGCCAGAACAACAACAUGCAUUACCUUGCACAAAAGACCCACUACAAUAACCUCCUGCAGGCUGAGCGUGAUGCCCACCUUGAAAGCCGCCUCGAUCGGGACUACUGGCACGCGCAAACGAUGAAGUGCGCUGAGAUGAUUCGGACCGCUCACCGUCUCAGCUGCGAGGCCGACGAGACCCCCACCCGUGUCAUCUGCGGUCUGCAGAACGAGGUGCGCGCUUAUCGCUUCGCACUUGGAAUGGAGGCUGAGAAGCCCGAAGAAGAGUAUGGUUGGGAAUAUCUGAAGACCAUUCCAGGCUUGGAGUAA